AUGGACGUCAACGAGACGAAGACGGGCGAGCCCCUGAGGGCCAUCAAUUCCACGGCCGACAACGCCAACGCUAUCUCCGAUGAAGAUCGCCUGGCGCAGCUUGGUCAUGCACAGGAACUCAAGAGGCAGUUCUCGCUGCCGACCCUCGGGGCACUCUGCCUCUGUUUGAUGGCAACAUGGGAGGCACUCUCAACUGUCGUCGCUCAAGCUCUCUUGAGUGGAGCUCCUCAAUUUGUUUAUAACGAUCUAACGCGGUGA